GUUCUCUUUUCUUUUCGAGUAUAUACCAGGAACUCGCCUCCAAACUGAGCUUUCAUUACCCAGAUUCAUAUUAUUCUUCAACAUUUAUUCAUAGCCAUGAACAAACAGAAGAUCGGCGACAUUCCAAAGAUAACCCCUCUUCAAACCUCGUUGGGUUUCCCACGGUCCGAUCCUGCGAGCCGAUUCUUCGUACGGACUUAUAAGAAGUUCAUAAAAGACUACAAGACGCGUGAUGGUGUGCCUGGAGUUUCUCUGACCAAGUGGAGCGAUGUGAGACAGAGAGUCGAACUUGAGAUCAUGGCCAAGAGAUUCGCGGUAGUAGACGGUCGAGGACAACAAUUCUGGCCAGCAAGUGAGGGCUCUGAGCCUGGUGAUUCACUGACCUGGGGAAGAAAUGGCGAAGAAAUUGUCAAACUGCUCGCGCAACUGUUCUUCCGUCACAACCAGCAAGAACACCAAAAGGGUUUGAGCUCCCCUACCAAGAAGAAACAAGCAAUUCGCCACGAAAGACAGAGAUCGCAAACACUUGAACAAGGUAAUGCGGGAUCAGCUUCAGCUCCAAGUGAGGAGAUGGAUAUAGACCCAUGGCUAGAAGAUACUUCGGGCGACGAUACCAGCCUUCCAGAUGUAGGCCACUUUCGUUUACAGCCGAGAGGAUCAGAUGCCCAGACUUCUGCGGCGGGCAGUACAAGCAAUAGCACGCCACCACCUCCAGGCACGACAGCUGCAACAAACCAAGUAAAUGAGAGUUCAAGCUCUUCUGAGCCAGUUGCACCUGUCGCAGAGAUGACUGGACGUCAAGAAUACGCCACCGCAACAAGCACAAUUACUCAAGCUGUAGAAGCUAUUACUGAGAGAUACACUUCAUCGGGUCGUAGCUGUCGACCAGUUCAACGUCUUAACUUUGUUGAAACGCCAACCUUUGAUACGGAGGAUGAUACUCAAUCCUUGUCACCACCUCCAAGUCGACAAAGCGAUCCAGGAUCCCGCCUCAGCCCAGAGCUUGGGACAGAGACUGAGCCUCCUAGAGCUUCUCCUGGCGGAACCCCGCAGAAUCCUCGCGCAGCUUCAGAACCGAUGUCCUUCGACAAGACCCAACUGUGUACUGAAGACAUAACUCCUGUACUAGAGGCAAAUCAAGCCACUAGAGCUAUGCCUCCACCUCCUCUCCCCCAAAUUACACGACCAACACCAGAAGUUGUUGCGAGAAGGCCAAGGCAUAGCAUCAAGUACAGUGUCGAAAGGUCCCCUGGCAACUUCAGAAUAUGGGAGCAUUAUGGCACAUUCGGUCGCAUGCCAAUGUCGGAGUUUCAAGCCAUACACGGCUUCAACGACAUUGAAGGUGUUCAGUUCAUUGUUAAGCGCCGAGGAAUGAGUUGGGAUGACAAGGUGCCUGAGAAUGAUGAGGUUGCGUUUCAAGAUAUGAAGGUUCGCUUUCUUGAUCUGAUUAAAGAUGACCUGGAAGGAAUUGGCAUCGAAAGAGACUUCGUACCCUAUGAUAUCUGGAUCAUUCCAAUCAGGAACUCGGAAAAUGAUGAGGGCUUUUAUCGGGAGCAAACAAUUGCUCUAUAGAGUAUAGUUUUGACAGAUGUAUGUUGGUCGACGGGGUCGACCAUUUAACGGGAGACAUAUCUUCUGAAUGGGGUAUUCUUGAUGAUAUUAUGAUUUCAUAGCGCAGCACAGUCCUUCUAUCAGUUUUAACGAAAUGACGGGUCAAUGC